UGUUUGGAACCGAUUGUGUGUAGGCCUCCCGUGUUUUCUGUGAGGGAUUAUCACCCGAUUCUACAGCUGUCUUGAAGUCAUAUUAUACCACAUCUGUGUCUGUUCUCUGAAUCGCCUGUAAAGCGUUUCUUACACUUUGAGGAUGUCGGUGGCCGGGUUGAAGAAGCAGUUCCACAAAGCGAGUCAGCUUUUGAGUGAGAAGAUUAGUGGUGCAGAGGGGACCAAGUUGGAUGAAGACUUCAUGGAGAUGGAGCGGAAAAUAGAUGUCACCAACAAGUCUGUCUUUGAGCUGCUGAGCAAAACCACAGAAUAUCUCCAACCAAACCCAGCGUCUAGGGCCAAACUGGGCAUGCUCAACACCGUGUCUAAGAUCAGAGGACAAGUGAAGACAACAGGCUAUCCCCAGACGGAGGGGCUUCUGGGAGAGUGUAUGCUGAGAUAUGGCCGGGAGCUGGGGGAGGAGUCCUCAUUCGGCUGUGCACUUGUGGACAUUGGAGAAGCUAUGAAACAGUUAGCUGAAGUGAAAGACUCGUUGGAUAUCGGUGUCAAACAAAACUUCAUUGAUCCUCUGCAGACACUGCAGGAAAAAGAUCUGAAAGAGAUUGGGCACCAUCUGAAAAAGCUGGAGGGACGGCGGUUAGACUUCGACUAUAAGAAGAAGCGGCAGGGCAAAAUUCCUGAUGAGGAAAUCCGGCAGGCGGUGGAGAAAUUUGAGGAAUCCAAAGAGCUUGCAGAGAGAAGCAUGUUCAGCUUCUUAGAGAAUGACGUGGAGCAGGUCAGUCAGUUAGCAGCCCUGAUCGAGGCAGCGUUAGAUUACCACCGCCAGUCAGCGGAGAUACUGGAAGAACUCAACAGUAAAAUACAGGACAGGAUAGCUACAGCAAGCAGCCUCCCUAAAAAAGAGUUCAAACCAAAGUCCAUUAUAUCCAGCAUAGAGGAAAUCGACAACUCCCAGCACAACGGACUUUCAUACAGCUCAUCGGUCAAGUCCUCAGAAUCAGAGCUGCAAAUGGAUCAGCCAUGCUGUAGGUCCCUCUAUGACUUUGAACCAGAGAACCAGGGAGAGCUAGGCUUCAAGGAGGGAGACAUCAUCAUCCUGACCAACCAGAUUGAUGAGAACUGGUACGAGGGCAUGAUCAACGGCGAAUCGGGCUUUUUCCCCAUCAACUACGUCGAAGUCCUAGUGCCUUUGCCACAAUGAACAUCACUGGUGAAUCCAGCCUUCAGCACAAUCCACAGACUCUAAACUCUUAAAUCCAUUCACCCUGAUACAUUUCAGCAGUGUUGUCCUCCACUGAAGCUUUGCUUUGACCACAGACAUUUUAAAUCUUCUAUUGUUCAAUAUUUAUUUUUUACUUCUCUUC